AUGAGCCCGCACCUCCCUGACACCGUCAAUGGAGACGGAAAGCUACAUAUCAGAACUCGACUCUCCACUCUCUUCGGCUCUCCCUGCGGCGUGCAUGUUCCCAGGUUCCAGGCUCCCGGCUCCUGGCGAAGUCACAGACAACAGUUGACGGCGGAGGCAUUGGCGUUGUACGUGUCGCCGGCUAGGUCGCUCCAGACCACGACUGUCUUUUGUGCUACUGCCUGCCUAUGUUUGCUGCUGCUGAAGAGAAAAAGUGAGAGACUGCCUUUUGUGCUACUGCCCGCCUAUGUUUGCUUCCUAUGUGAGGUGCUGAAACCUUGUACGGGGAGCGAGAUAUGUGAGAAAAAGAUCGAUCUGCUCCCUGGUACAUGCACAAAGCUGGCUACUGGAUUGAUCCUUCUUGUCGUGAUAACCUGCAACACCAAGCUGGAUAGAUGGAAAAUGAAGCAGUGGCACGGGAGAUUAAUUAGUUUUCAUAUGAUCUCUUUCAUUAUCACUUCUAUGUCGCUGUGCAGCUUUGGGUGUUUCCUGUUAAUUUUGGAGCACUAUCUCUUUCAUUACCACAAAAAUAGUACAGACAUAGGAUAUUCUUGGUCGGCUCACUGCUCUCAAGACAAAGAUUUACUUGGCAAAUUAUAUUUGCAAGCCGACAGGAGUUCAGUUGACGGAGGAGGUGACUAUAGGCGAGGCACUAUCCGACGAUGCCACCCCGACAUGACCGAGCUUUCCCGCUGACGAUCUCCCAUUACUGACGGCUGCCGCCCACGUCGUUCCACCAACACAAGGUUGAACUGCCACCACUGGCGAGGCAUGAGGGAGGAUAAUCGGCGAUAUAGUGGGGCAUUGUGUUGACAUAGAGGACAUGACCAGUGUGUGCGGGGGUGGAGGGAGGAGGCUAAGAUAUUUUUCUUCUCCCGUUGCAACGCACAAGCAUAUUUCCUAGUCAUACUAAACAAGCUGGAGUGCUUAUGAAAAUAGACUCUGAAAAGGCCUAUGACAGAAAAAGGCUUUGGUGAUACUUGGUGUGC